UUCAAAACUUUUUAUUUUCAAAUAUUUUUCAAGACAGAAGAAGGACUAUUACAUAAAUAAAAAUAAGAACCACAGAAUUUUACCUCAAUGGCCUCAAAUUUAAUCAAGCAAGCCCGCUUGGGUUUCCUUCGGUCCAUUCAAACCGCUCCCCGUCUCUGGGCAAAAUUUAAGGAUGGUGGAGAACAGUCCACAUUCAAUGAUAUGCCCAUACCGGAGGGUUGCUGGAAGGAGUUCAAUGCCAAGAGGCAAUCACGUCAGACGAUGAUGUUGCUCAGUGGCCUGGCAUCCUUUGUGGCCUCUAUUGUGUAUGUGACCCAAACGGAAUUGCUUUUCUUCAACUACACAGUUCCCGAUUAUCCCUACGAAGAUGAGGAGUGAUAGUCAUAAUUAUUUUUUCGAGUUUCCCAUUAUAGUUUUUGAUCUGAAUUUCCGUUGAAAUAAAUCUUUUCGAAAACA